AUGUCCACAUCAUUUAUUGAUUUUCGUUCCGAUACAGUUACAAAACCAACAAAAGAAAUGCGUCAAGCAAUGUUUGAUGCUGAAGUUGGAGAUGAUGUUUAUGGUGAUGAUUUAACUGUAAUUAAAUUACAAGACAUGGCAGCUCAAUUAUUUGGAAAAGAAGCUGCAUUAUUUGUUCCAUCAGGAACAAUGGGAAAUCUUAUUUGUGUAAUGAAUCAUUGUGGACAAUUCGGUUCAGAAAUGAUACUAGGUGAUCUAAAUCAUAUACAUUUAUUUGAACAAGGUGGAUGUGCAACAUUAGGACGAGUUCAUUCGCGAGUAGCUCCAACACAACCAGAUGGAACUAUUUUACUUAAAGAUAUUGAAGAACGAAUUCGUAUGGUGACUGAUGAUCAUUUUCCUCAAACAAAAUUAGUCUGUUUAGAAAAUACACAUAAUCGAAUGGGAGGAAAAAUAUUAACUUUAGAAUAUAUACAAAGUGUUGGACAAUUAUGUAAACAAUAUGGUUUAAAAUUACAUAUGGAUGGUGCAAGAUUAAUGAAUGCAGCUGUUGCAUUAGAUGUUGAUCCAGCUCAAUUAAUUGAAUGUUGUGAUUCGGCUUCAAUUUGUUUAUCAAAAGGUUUAGCAGCACCUGUUGGAUCAAUUAUUCUUGGUACAAAAGAAUUUAUUCUACAAGCAAAACGAUUAAGAAAAGUAUUAGGUGGAGGAAUGAGACAAGCAGGUGUAUUAGCUGCUGCUGGAAUUAUUUCAUUAACACAAAUGCCAAAAUUAUUAAAAUUAGAUCAUCAAAAUGCAAAAUUACUUGCUGAAGGAUUAGCAAAAAUUCCUGGCUGUGAAAUCAAUCCUGAAAAUGAUGUACAAACAAAUAUUGUCUAUUUUGAUUUAAAUCCUAAUAAGGUUAAAAUAGAUUUACAAACAAUAGCUGGCAUCUUCAAACAGGAACAUGGAAUAUUAAUGUCAGCAUCAGGAAAAUGGAAAGCUCGAUUAGUUAUACAUUAUAUGAUUACAAAAGAAAAUAUCGAAUAUUUUUUAGAACAAUUUAAAAAUAUUUUAGAAAAAAAUCAAAUAUAG